CUAAUCCUUGUCCCCGCUCAAAGCCUGUCACGAUUGGCAGCGCCUGCCGGCGCCUGUUGCCUACAAAUCUGCUUUUGCCAUGGUGGUGUUGAUGCUCGCGAGGCUUCCCAUAGGGAAGUUGGCCUUGCUGGGCAUUCGGCAGGCUGCACGGCCAGUGGCCAAGGUCACAAUGGCAGCAGCGGAACGAAGCAAGACGUUUCAGGAAUGUUGCGUAUCUGCUUCUCGACUGAUGCAGACAGAUCGAUUGAAACUCCCUCAUGAUCAAGCAGUUCAGGCUGGAUGUACCAUGUUGGGUGAAGCCGUAGUCUUCGGUGUCAGCGCAACGGCGCUGAUCUACGAAUACCACCGUUCCAAAGACGCAGAAAGACAGCGUCAGGAAGACGCACGAGAGGAGGUGCGAAGGGAGGCGCUGACCCACCAUGCCGAGUUGCGUGCCCGGCUGGCCUUGUUAGAGCACGAGAUCAAAGGUCAACGGGAAGAGAUGGCCGCAGUGCGUGCGGAGGUGGCACGUCCCAAGCGCAACGCUUCUCCCGUUCGUGGAGACAAGUACAAGCGAGGAAAAUCUGGAGCAGCCUUAUCCAAUUAAAUAUAAAAUGAUAUAAAAAUAUCAAAAAAAAAU